UGGUACCACAGCCUUCAUCGCCUCUGUGUCCCUCUCCCCUGCAUCCCUCCCCUCAUAAAGUGCGUUGAACACACCAUACAGCGACUGCACCUCACCCCUGGUCAUCCCACCCCGCUGCAAAACGUUCCUCACCCUCUCAAACAGCAGCUGCCGACGCCUUGGACCCUCGUAAGCCGGGUUCGACGUCGUCUCGAUGAUCGUCUGCAGCCUCCCGAAGAAAUGUGACAGCUCUUCUCUCGUCGCCAGGCGGUCGUUGUCGCGCAUGUGUCGAGUGCUGUCCUGCCCUGUGUCGAGCGUCCAGUCGUCCAGCUGGUGGGCCGCCCCGGCCAUGUCUGUGGCGAGGAUGGUCUCACGCACGUGUGCCGAUCGUUCGAGAAAGAUCUCGUAUAGGAUGAUGUUGACGGACUGCGCAAGGUUGAGGCUGCUGAAGUAGGGAUUGGCGGGGAUCUGGAUGACCUCGUCGGCAUAAGUCAGGUCCUCAUUGGUCAGACCAUUGGUCUCGGGACUACAGAAGCGACACACAGGGGGAGUGUGAGUGUGCCAAGUGGGCACUGUGUCUGUUGUAUUUUCCUCACCCGAACAUAAUGGCAACUUUGUAGCCCUACACACACGCAGGACAGCAAAUUUGUAAGACGCAUGCCUUUGCUCUGAGAUGUCCAGCAGUUGGCACCUGUUGGUCAGCAAGUCUGUGGACCUCUUUGGCCUGCCCUCGUGGCGUCCACACACGCGACGCGAGGCGGCCUCGCGCACGGGCUGUCGUCGCAAACACCCUCUCCACAUCCUGAGCACACACACGUACAGGCACCAUGUGUCAUCGAACCAUGUUAACAUGUUAACAUGGAGCCGGCCAUUGAUUUGUACCUUGAGGGCCUCCUUGAGUGAGGGAAACACCUCUGCCUCAUCGAGAAUCGCCUCCUGACAGCAGCACGUGGCCGAAACGGAUCGAUGCAUCGCUUGCCAGCCAGUCUAGAUAGCUUACGGCUCGGACGGCUCUCCCCCGUGCGUCAUCGCUGCGGAUGUCACACUGGGGAUUCACCACACGCAGAUUCGGCACCUGCGAAGGCAACGAAAGAAGUGAGUGAAAAGAUUGUCGCUCGCAUGCAGCUCGUGUCCACCUCACCCCGAAGUUCAUCAUGGCCCUCGCUGUCGCACCGACAUUUUGGUCGAGGAACGGCUCGACCAUGACGACCACCACUGAGCCGCCACUGGUGGUCACAAACUUCCAGGCGUCGUCCUUGGACAUGUGGUUGGUGUUCUGCACACACCACCCAGCCAUCCCCCAUCACACACACACACAGAGACUGAGUGGAUGCAUGUCAUAAUGCGUUUCAGAUUCAUUGACCCACCUGCACGCGCAUCUGCAUGAGCCGUCUUCGGGCGCGCUGCACAGGCUUGCUCACGCCAUGAUGCAGUCGCUUCCGUGGCUGGACGACGAAAGCUGUGGCGCAGAGAGGCAGCGUGACGGCCAGCAGUGCCAGAAGGAGAAUCAUCGCAGCUUCGACGAGAAGAGCUUGGCAUCAGUGCGCAUCCGAUCGGGAGA